AUGUCACGGAAGGAGUGUGUUUUCAAAUGUGACAAAUUUGGUUUAAAUGCAGAAACAUCAGGACCAUGUAUACCGGAUGUACUUCCUUCAUCAAUUCCUGAUACAAGUUCACGUGAUAAUCGUAUAAAAGGUACAUUGAUUAAAAGAAAAC